GUUCGCUACACUCCAAAUCUCCAAUCCAUAACACGCCGAGUCAAUGAAAGCCAUCAUAACGGCACCGAAUUCUCCAUUCAAAGACAAACUUUCCACAUUUCUCAUUUCCUAUUCCCACAUAGAAAAGCGCAAUCUUUCUAAAGACCAAAGAGGCACAUAAUCAGUGGUGUCAGAUAAACACAGAACUCUGUAAAAAUGGUGGUAUCUUCUCUUAUAGCAAUACCAUCACCACUUACUACUACUAUCUACCUCCCUGUAAAAAGCCCAAAUCUUUACACUAAAAAACUUGGCAAAAUGUCAAAAAUUCAAUGUUCUUUAUCAGUUUCAAACCAAUCAAAGACAGCCCAGUUUGAUUUAAAGACUUAUUGGACAACCUUGAUUGGAGAAAUCAAUCAGGAACUAGACCAAGCUGUUCCUAUUCAGUAUCCAGAUAAGAUUUAUGAGGCCAUGAGGUAUUCUGUUCUUGCAAAAGGUGCUAAAAGAGCCCCUCCAGUUAUGUGUGUUGCUGCUUGUGAACUCUUUGGUGGUAAUCGCCUCGCCGCCUUCCCUACUGCUUGUGCUCUUGAAAUGGUUCAUGCAGCUUCGUUGAUCCAUGACGACCUUCCCUGCAUGGAUGAUGACCCAUCACGACGAGGUCAACCAUCAAACCACACAAUUUAUGGUGUUGAUAUGGCAAUCCUUGCCGGGGAUGCGCUCUUCCCUCUUGGCUUUAGCCAUAUUGUCUCCCAGACGCCUUCUGACCUUGUACCAGAGCCACGACUUCUCCGCGUGAUUGCUGAGAUUGCUCGUGCUGUGGGGUCCAGAGGCAUGGCUGCCGGGCAGUUCCUAGACCUUGAGGGCGGCCCUAAUGCUGUUGAAUUUGUUCAAGAGAAGAAAUAUGGUGAAAUGGGUGAGUGCUCUGCAGUGUGUGGAGGAUUGCUAGCUGGUGCUACGGAUGAUGAGAUACAGAGAUUGAGGAGAUAUGGAAGAGCUGUUGGUGUAUUAUAUGAAGUCGUUGAUGACAUCUUGGAAGCAAAAACGAUGAAGAGCAAGUUAGAUGAGGAGGAGAAGAGAAAGAAAGGGAAGAGCUAUGUUGCUGUAUACGGGGUUGAGAAGGCUACAGAGGUGGCGGAGGAGCUGAGAGCCAAGGCUAAAAAGGAACUGGAUGGCUUUGAGAAAUACGGCGAGAGUGUAGUGCCACUCUACAGCUUCGUGGACUACGCUGCUGAUAGAGGUUUCAGUUUUGGCGAGUCAAUUUAAUGAUAGGGAUCUGGCCCCAUUGUUUUCGCUCUAGUCUUAGAAUUAGGAUACUGUUUAUGGCCUGAACUGAUGAAAAGAGGAUGCCCUGUUUGAUGGCAAAACAUGUGUCUUGGUCACUGACAAACAUGAUGAGACACAGCAGGAAACAAGCAUUUUAACUUGCAGAAGAGGGGAAGGUCUAGCUAUAAAUAAGUUCUUCGCUUUUGCAAA